GCGUGCGUGCGCAUGCGCGGAGCGGCGCGCGCGGUAGUUGGGUCGCAGGCAGCCCGGCCCCGGGAGCCCCCGCUUCCCCGCGAGCAGCGGGCCCCGAGCCGCGAGCCGCCGUGAGCUCUCGGAUUCUCAGCGGCGCCGACGACCCCGGGGGCCUCGCCCGCAGCGGCCGAGCUCAUGGCCGGCUGAGCGGGACGCCGCCGCCGCCCCAGCCACCGCCGCCGCCGCCGCCUCCUCCUCCUCAGCCGGCGGCGGCCCGGGCCCAGCAGCCAUGGCCGAAGACUACUGGGACGGGCGCCUGCGGCGAACCGGAGGAGGAGAAGGAGGUCGCGCGGCCUCAGCGCGGGCCGCGCCCAGGCGCCUCCGCGCCGGCCCCGCGGCGCUGAGGUUGCUCGCGCGCCCCCGCCGGUUCACCACUGCCGCUGCACCCAAGGAUACCUGCUGCUCCCACAGCGGGGCUGCCCCCAUAGAAACCAACAUCCCAUCGGUUGGACCCUUGCCCUCAGACAGCCACCCAAGACUCGAUGCUCAGGUCGCCAUGGAUCGGAUGAAGAAGAUCAAACGGCAGCUGUCGAUGACACUCCGAGGGGGCCGAAGUGUAGACAAGACCAACAGUGCCCCUGAACAGAUCGGCCUGGACGAGAGUGGCGGUGGAGGUAGCAGUGACCUUGGCGAGGCCCCCACCCGCGCUGCCCCAGGGGAACCUUGUUCCGGGCGGGGACUGCUCAGCUCUGCGCCAGAGAUUGUGCACGAGGACUUGAAGAUGGGGUCUGACUUGAAGAUGGGGUCUGAUGGGGAAAGCGACCAGGCUUCAGCCACAUCCUCAGAUGAGGUGCAGUCACCAGUGAGGGUGCGCAUGCGCAACCAUCCUCCUCGCAAGAUCUCCACUGAGGACAUCAACAAGCGCCUCUCACUUCCAGCGGACAUCCGGCUGCCCGAGGGCUACCUUGAGAAGCUGACCCUCAAUAGCCCCAUCUUUGACAAACCCCUCAGCCGCCGCCUCCGCCGUGUCAGCUUGUCUGAGAUCGGUUUUGGGAAACUGGAGACCUACAUCAAGCUGGACAAGCUGGGAGAGGGCACCUAUGCCACCGUUUACAAAGGCAAAAGCAAGCUCACAGACAACCUCGUGGCACUCAAGGAGAUCAGACUGGAGCACGAAGAGGGCGCGCCCUGCACCGCCAUCCGAGAAGUGUCCCUGCUUAAGGACCUCAAACAUGCCAACAUCGUCACGCUCCAUGACAUUAUCCACACAGAGAAGUCCCUCACCCUUGUCUUCGAGUACCUGGACAAGGACCUGAAGCAGUACCUGGAUGACUGUGGGAACAUCAUCAACAUGCACAACGUGAAACUGUUCCUGUUCCAGCUGCUCCGCGGCCUGGCCUACUGCCACCGGCAGAAGGUGCUACACCGAGACCUCAAGCCCCAGAACUUACUCAUCAACGAGAGAGGAGAGCUCAAACUGGCUGAUUUUGGUACCCUCGGCCUGCCCUGCCCAGAGAUCCCCCAGCCUUACUCUCCCAGCCUCCCCCUUCCCCAUGACCCCCUCCUCCCAGUCCCCAGCCUGCUCAGGACCACCUCCAUCCCAGCUGCCCCUUCUCGCCACCUCCCAGGUCUGGCCCGGGCCAAGUCAAUUCCAACGAAGACCUACUCCAACGAGGUGGUGACCCUGUGGUACCGGCCCCCCGACAUCCUGCUCGGGUCCACAGACUACUCCACCCAGAUUGACAUGUGGGGCGUGGGCUGCAUAUUCUACGAGAUGGCCACAGGCCGCCCCCUCUUCCCAGGCUCCACCGUGGAGGAGCAGCUGCACUUCAUCUUCCGCAUCUUGGGAACUCCAACCGAGGAGACCUGGCCGGGCAUCCAAUCCAAUGAAGAGUUCAAGACACACAACUACCCCAAGUACCGUGCCGAGGCCCUUCUGAGCCAUGCGCCACGGUGCCCUUGUCCUUGUGGUAGACUUGAUAGCGAUGGGGCUGAUCUCCUCACCAAGCUGCUGCAGCCCCCCCCCCAGUUUGAAGGUCGCAAUCGGAUCUCUGCAGACGAUGCCAUGAAACACCCAUUCUUCCUCAGUCUGGGGGAGCGAAUCCACAAACUUCCUGACACUACUUCCAUAUUUGCACUAAAGGAGAUCCAGCUACAAAAGGAGGCCAACCUUCGCUCUUCGUCGAUGCCUGACUCAGGCAGGCCAGCUUUCCGUGUGGUGGACACCGAGUUCUAAGCCACAGACCCAGGCCCCAGCAGGCAGCAGCUGGAGGGAUGCCACACCCCUCCCAGGGCAGCCCCCAACUGCAUCCUCCCUGCUUGCUGCCUGCCCACCUGCCUGAUCAUGCUCGCCUGCCCACGUGUCCCCUGCUACCUGUCCAAACAUCCAUUGGCCUGUCUGCUGGGUGCUAACAAAGCUCUCAUCGCUCCUUCACCUGGUCUGUCUGUCUCUCUCUCUCUGUCUCAGUAGUAGCCGGCGGACAGCAUGGCCGCGCCAGCCUCCCACACUGAGGCCAGGCCUGUAGCCCUCCCAUCAUACCCUCCCCCAGGACCACUACCCCAUGGCCAGCGAGGGGUCCGGCCAGCGCAGGCUCGGGAUCUCAGCUCAGAUAAGACGUGGCAAUGCCUUGGGUCUGAGGUGCCCCCGCCUGCCUUCCUGCCCGCCCCACCUGCCUCAUGUCGUGUGGGCCUUUUUUGUUUCUUUCAUUGUUUUUUUAAUUAUUUUAAAUGAGGUUUUCAUUUUUUAAAUGCAAUAUCUCUGUACAGACUGGCUGGGCCCACCCCCGUGGCCCUCCCAAAGUAUUUUGUGCAAUGAAGCCCUGCUCCCAGCCUUCCCAAGGCAGCAACACAGCCCCUGUCAGAACCCUGACCACCCCCAGAGCCUGGGAUUGGCUAAGGGCAAGCAUGCCUCGACUACUCGCCUUCCUACACACACACACACACACACACGCACACACACACGCACACGCACACACCCUCCCCGCCUGCCAUCCCAGGCUGCAGGAGUACCUGAGGACUACUGGACACUCUGGGAGAUGGACAAGUGGGGGUCCCAGUCUUUCCCUCCUGCAGUUCCACAGUUGGGGCCUCCUUCCGUCUCAGGGUCUCCCCAGCCUAGCCCUCUGCCCCCAUCCCACUCGGUGCUGUUGAGUAGGGGCCCUGCCAGGAACUGACCAGCUCAGCGAGGAGCCAUAUGUGUCUGUGUGCACAGGCAGGGACGGGCAUGCGGGAGGGGGCGGGUGAUGCCCGGGGAGGGGGAGGCAGGGCAGGGUCAGUCUCUGGGGUCAGUCCCAGAUGGGUGGUUACCUCCCCUUCCUCCACUCUAAACCCUGGGGCCUUCAAAUGGGGUGGGAGGGCAGGGUGGGGGCCCUCCUAGUGGGGUUUGGGAGGUUGGGUUCCUGAAUGCACCAUAAUCGCUGUAUGAAACAUUAAAAAGUCUGAAGUGAAAAA